CGAAAACCUGAGAGAUGGAUAUAAACAAGACACGAAGAUGGAGUUUGUAAAGAAAGCAAUUUAUACGAUGGCUUAUGGCCUACAUAAUAUGCAAAAGGAUAUGUGUAAAGGAACACAUGGAGUAUGUGCAAAUAUGUCUCCCAUUAAUGGUUCUGUACUUCUUCAGUAUCUUAUGAACGUCAGCUUUUCUUGGAACAACGAAAUGGUAAAGUUUGACGAAAACGGCGAUCCUCCGGGAAGAUAUGAUAUUAUGAACUACCAGAAAAUAGACAACAAGUACGACUACGUUAAGGUCGGUUCCUGGAUAAACACAGUGUUGAAAAUUGAUAAGCCAGUCCAGUGGGGGAGCAUUACAAGUGUGGGUAGUGAGCCUCCUGAAUCAGUUUGCAGCAAACCGUGUUCAAGAGGUGAAAUCAAGAAUAUUGUGUCUGAAAUGGUGCAGUGCUGUUGGAAAUGCGUCAGAUGUAAGGAUAACGCAUUCGUGAUCAACGAAACCACUUGUCAAGAAUGCUCUCCGGGUUACUGGCCCAACGAGAAUCUAACAGGUUGUGAUGAAAUCCCUGUGGAGUAUAUACACUGGUGGGAUACUACAGCUGUUGUGUCUAUGUCCAUCGCUUGCCUGGGAUUCGUUGCAACGUUCGUAGUGAUGAUUGUAUUUAUUCGUCACAACAAUACUCCUGUUGUCAAGGCAUCCACCAGAGAACUCUCUUAUAUUAUAAUGGUGGGAAUGUUUCUAUGUUACGCUACAACAAUAGUACUACUUGCCCGACCUACAAAGACGUCCUGUUUUCUCUCGCGUGUAUUGCCUGGGUUGAGUUUUUCUAUGAUCUACACAGCUCUAGUCACAAAAACAAAUCGCAUCGCUCGCAUUCUUGCAGGAAGUAAAAAGAAAAUAAUCACGAAAAAACCGAGAUUCAUGAGUGCUACAGCUCAAGUUAUCAUCACUUUAAUACUCAUUUCUAUUGAAGGAACAAUCAUUGCUACCAUGCUUUUCUUGGAACCUGCAAACUCGAAAUUAAUUUAUCCAGCAAUUGACAGAGUUCAGCUAACCUGCAAUACUACAACUCUAGGAAUAAUUGCGCCGCUAGGAUUUGAUUUUUUCCUGAUUGCAAUGUGUACAGUUUAUGCCGUAAAAACUAGAAAUGUGCCAGAGAACUUCAAUGAGGCCAAGUUUAUCGGUUUUACAAUGUACACAACGUUGGUGAUCUGGUUGGCGUUCGUACCUAUUUAUUUUGGUAGCAGCUCAAAGGUCAUUACAAUGUGUUUGUGUAUCAGUUUUAGUGCAAUCGUUGCCCUUGUUCUUCUUUACGUUCCUAAAGUGUACAUAAUUAUCUUCCGGCCGGAAAGGAACAAUAGAAGCGCUUUCACAACAACAAAGGAUGUCCGCUGUCAUAUUGGAUACCUUACUUCAGGUACUACAGGAGUAUCAAGAAACUCUUCCCAGACCACUUCAGACUUUAGUCUCGAGUCUCCAAGGAAUCAUUCCCUGGACAUCCACGUAAAACAAAGAGAUUCUUCACUGCAUUCACAACACCGAAGUCGGUCCAGUUUGAACCUGUUUGAGCGUUUUCGCCUGAACAAACAGGAGAAAAACGCUGCGACCAUUGCUGAACACAUUCGUGCCAUACGUGCAGCUGAAGCCUUGGAUCGGAAGUCGAAGGUACGUCAUACUGAUUCAGGCCUGUCUUCUGAACAGCCUAAACUUGCGGCACAACGCAGUACCUCCAGUGGAGACGAAAGUCCCGGAUGCCACGAAAAGAGAAAACUGGUUGGGUUACUGAAACAAACGUACGGUAGUGAAACCGAAGAAAUAACCGGAUUUGAUGUAUUACAGGAUGGUUUGAGAGCCUCAGCUCGAAAACGACUUGACGAUGCAUCUUGUCAGACAAGUGACGACCUAUUGGAUUUUUGGAUCCCUGUGAGAAGAAGACGCAUUGUUCGAUCAGAAACUCUCUUGUCUACCUUAACACCCGAGGAAGAGGGAACUGACAGCAAUGGUCCUGGAAUUCUGUCAUCAUAUCACAUGAUUCGAAGAGAUGGGACUGGAUAUGAUGCUUACAAUAAGUCUCGUUGUUAUCCGACAUUUACAGAGUUAUCCUACAAUGGGGAGGAUAACUUUGUGAAUCAUAGCAUACCGAGUGAUUAUCAUUCACAAAUUAAUCGAAGUCAUAUAAAACCAUGUUUUUCACAUAGAAAUCCAUUUGAUCGAAUAGAGGUUGAAUACAAAUUACCUUCUGUGGAAAGUCAUAUAGAUGAUGAUGAUAAUCCUGAAGAUGAUAUUGAAAAGGAAUCAAUACUGCUGGGUGACAUCCACCAGCAAAAGGAAUCAAUGAGUAUUCUGUCAAAUCCAUCAUUCUACAAUAAAAUGCGCAGAAUGGAUCAUCCUUCACGAGACGUAAUAACUGAUGUAGCACACGUGUCAGAAAUGACUGCUCUUAACUCCAUACAUUCGAAAAAGAGCGAGGAGAGUCUUGUAGAUGGAGGAGCCUCCUCCAUUGUAGAGGAAAGUGCAAGUAGUGGUAGUGAAGACACUCCUGGUAGUGGUAUUUAUAGAAAUAUUAUUAUUAGUUUAGGUAGUACUCGGAUUUCGGGAGCCUCUGCGGGAAACUCUCUCACGGGUACAUCAGAAGCAAGGGCUUCCAGUCAGAAACCAAACUAUGCCAUGUUAGCAGAAAGUGAUAAAAUUUCUUCUAGUAGAAUUAGAGAAGACUUGCCACGUAGUAUAAGAUUACGCCCUAAUAUCAAAGAAGGAAAACUCCAACCUUCCUAGUCAAACUAGAUAGCUGGAAGAAUUUGUUUUUCAAUUUUGAAGUCUUGAAAAAGUGCAUUUAUCACACGAUGGUGUAAACAAAUAUUCAAAAGAAAAAGAAAGUGAUUUAAAACAAUAAAAUGAAUAAUGUUUACACUUUAGUAUACCCAGAACAAACUCAAAUUUGAUAUAAUACCUCGAGUGAAAAGAUAUUUUAUGGAAAUAGUGCCAUCUUUUUUCAGGAUUAAUCUAUGCGUGGUAUUAGCUUUAGCGUGUGGAACGAUACUUUAUGGAAAUAGUGCCAUCUUUUUUCAGGAUUAAUCUAUGCUUGGUAUUAGAUUUAACGUGUGGAACGAUACUUUAUGGAAAUUGUGCCAUCUUUUUUCAGGAUUAAUCUAUGCUUGGUAUUAGAUUUCAACGUCGGAUUUCAUAGCUCUGUAUAAAGUGUGGCGAUUGAUACAAGUGACAAUAUUUAUUUGUAUAUAUCUAUAAUUUGUAGUUAAGCACAAAGCUACACAAUGAGCUAUCUGUGCUUUGCCCACCACGGGUAUCGAAACCAGGUUUUUAGCGUUAAAAGCGUUCGGACUUAUCGUUGACCCUUCAACAUAGAGCUUAACCUACAAAUGAUAAUAUUAAUUUCCAUUAAAUUCCUUUAGUUAAGGCUAGAUAUGCCACAGUUUUCAUUUUGGUUUAUUCUCCAAAAUGUCUUUGUCUCAUAGAGAUUUUCUUGUUCCAACUUUAAUUAUUCGUCAAAACAGCCAUCCACUCACACCGUUUUGUUAUGAAUACUCACUCAACGGUCUCUCUAUGAACAACUCUGUUCAUCGGACAUCUAGGUUUUUUUAUCAUCUAAACAUCUUCACUAUAAAGAAAAUAAAACAUCGACUUUCCCGGUAUGAAAACUUUGUGUUUUAUUUGGUUCUAAAGAAGUCACAUGACCAUAAAAUCCGAGUCUAUUUGAGAACCACAAUAAGCAAAAUGAGAUGUGAAGAUCUAUCCCACGGAUGAGAUGAAACGUGUCACCAAUAAAUAAUCUUACCAUAAACUCUCAUUUUGUGCUCUUCUUGUAAACAGUUUUUCUUAUAAUAUGUUAGAAAAUUUUACCACUGAUAUCCGUAAUAUUUCAACCCUUCAAGAUACUUACAUUGUUAGUAAAUAAUCCUAUUUUGUGUUUCUUUCUUAAGUUAUAAAUCUAUGUAUAAUGUAUAUAUAUAUUCCUCUUUAAAUUUAAUCAACAUCUCACACAGUUAUCGGUAAGUUCUUUGCGCAUAGAUAACAUAUUAGAUCUUUUGUUACUGAUCACAUAUAUUUGUAUAUACUAAUACGUGUUACCAACAUGACGCGUAUUUCGUUAAAUAACCCACCUGUAGCCUCCAGUAUCGAGUUAUCCAUUAGACUUUCACCUGAUAUAGACAAAUACUCAGUGAUCAUUGUAAGGCAAAGCUAAACGAAUCUCUCAGUUAUUUUUGUUUGAUUUCAAACUAUUGUAAUCCAUGGAGUAGAGCUCAUCGAGUUUUUAUUAGAGUUUUUUAACCUCCAUUCCUCACGAAGUGUACUGUGAAUGUCUGAAAUUACAUCUUUAGUAUAUCUGUUCUCUAAUAUAAAGAAUGGUAGCUAAAACAUCCGAGUUCUAUUAGUAGAUAAAGCCAUUUAAAAUACUUCGUUUACGAAUGAUUUUUAACGUUCGUUUUUGACGUAUUUCUAAACGUAAACGUAAUAUUAACUAUUAUUGAUUGGAUUAUAUAAAAAUAAAUAUAGUAUAUAUUUCUUUAAUGUAAUUUAAAAUUAACACACUCUUGUAAUAGACAUUUUCUUGCGUGUGCAGUUAAUGAAUUAUGUAUAAAUUCGAAUUUAUGAAAAAGAAAAACCCAGUUAUUCAUCCUCAUUCUUACGUAAUAUGUAUAUAUAUAUCUGUGUGUGUGGGUCAAGUGCUAUUCUUUAUACGAGUUAAGAAGGAAAGGCGAACUGCAUUAGGAAGUAUUAAGUAGGCCUAAUGUUAGUUAAACCUCCUUUUCUUAUACUGAACGAUAUGUUUUCGUGACUCAUACUUACGAAAUGAAGCCUUUAAAGACUAAACAUUUUCACAGAGAAGUAAGAAUGAUUUAAAUGUUCUAUUAGAAAAUAAAAUUGAAAAACUUAGCAAUUUUAUCUCUGAUAGUAACAUGUAAAGGAUGUAUGCCAAUCUUUUCCAUACUCAAACAUAUUAUAAAGGGGCAUUUUAAGCGGUAAACUUUUGUUGUUGCUCACUUUAAAAAAAAAUCAUUUGUUUAAAUAUUUGUUAAUAAAUUUGAAAACAAAUAUAUAUUCAAAACCAAAACAACUCUUUCAGAAAGCAAUGAUGCUUAUCGUUUGUUUGCAUCUGGGAUUAUAGAAUCUGAGUUAAAUGUCAUUUUAGCUGCAUGAUUCUUUUCUUUCUGAGAUAGUGUAGUUAUAUAACCAAGUACUGCCACAAUCGGUGUUUGUUGAAAAUAGGUAACCGAAGUACGUUUGAGCUGUGUUUCUGCGUAUCCUGGAGCAUGUACUGUAAAUUUUAAUGUCAGUAAUAUAAACCUGUUUGUGAACAAGCUAUUUUGAGCUUCGAUUGGAAUCUUAGAUGACUUUUUAUGUAUUUUAAAAACUCUACUUGAUAUUUUUUAUGUGAACUGUCGUAGUAAAGAAAAAAGUUUUAUAUUACUGUAUAUUUAGAUAUACACAUAAAAUAUAUAUGUAUAUAUUUGCUAGUAUUUGGAAAACGGCCAUGUGAAUUUUGUGCUUUUAAUUGGCGUUUCAUUUACAAUUAACGAUUUUUAUAGUUGACAUUUUUUAUUCAAAGAUAAAAUAAUCUGGUGAUAACAAAAUCCUUCAUUCAGUGAAAAGAAUUCUUUCUCCAUUACGAUUUAAAAAAAAUAUAUAUGAAAGGGAUAGUUUGUUUGUUUUAAGUUAAGCACAAAGCUACACAAUGGGCUAUCUGUGCUCUGCCCACCACGGGUAUCGAAACCCGGAUUCUAGCGUUAUAAGUCCGCAGAAAUACCGCUGUGCUACUGUGGGGGGGGGGGGCAAAAGGAAUAGGGUGAUCUGUAGAUUAUAAUAUUCAUUUCUCCAGUGGAUGGAAAAUGGAUAUGUCAAGCGGAUAUUCAGAAGACCGUCAUUUCGCUCUUUACAGUUAAAACCUUGUUUUAUAAUUUGAUUCACAUUACGAAAUAAAUAACGAAAAGCGUAAUUCGCAUGGCUUUUUUCACAGGGUUUGAUAUAUACAGUCUAUAUAUAUAUAAUCUUGCAAUGCAUGACUAGUGUAAUGUAAAAAUCCAGCACACCUAACAGGAAAGGUGGCGCAUUCCUCACUUUGUCUUUCAUCACAACAUUUUGUAAAAAUGUCCUUUAAAUGGAUAUGUCAUACUUAUAAGAUUCUUGUUUCUAAAACAAAACUUGGACCACGUGGCACCAGUUUGCUUGUACGUGUAAGUGAUGUAGAUUGAUUUCUGUAUACACAUGCCAAAUCUCUCACACAAUAUUUUGGUAUUGCGUUUUUCUUUUCAAGUAUAAGUAGUUCGUACGUGUGUUGGUAUUGGAACUAAAUAAAGUGUGUUAAUUCACAUCUUACAGCCCUGCAAGCAGCUAUGUCUGUUCACGUGACGUUAUCUUUGAUAUGUCAUCUUAUUGGACCUUCUCAAGCAUACUUGAAGAAUGCAUAUCAAAUUCUGAAAAAAGAAAUAGCUGACGUUUUCUGUAGCCAUGGAAACCCAGAAGCUUGUAGUGUUGUACACAGUGGCGAAUGUGAACCGUGUUUAAUGCUGUUUCAUACGUACAUGCUUUAAUGUUAGUACAAAAUUAAAAAAACAAGUGCCACACGUGUGUUUAACCAUGGUUAUGUUUUGUGGUAAAUAUGUGAAAUAAAAAUGUUGCACUAGAAUAAAACAGAGUUGAUUUUAUCUGUU